AUGUAUCACAUACUUCGUUUGUUGUUGUAUCGACUUUGGGUUGUGUCUACGUUGACUUUAUGCUCUUGUUUUGUUAUAUUUUGGUUAUAUGGAUUUUUUCUCGCCGUCACAGCCUUCACCUUGGGGAUAUCAGGCAUCCUGUACACAGCGCAGGACCUCCUUCUGUUCUAUCCCAAUGAUCCUCCCGACUCCCGCGCCUUUGUUCUUCAACCCAGUAACUACAAGCUACCUUAUGAGAGUGUCAAGAUUAAAACCCGGGAUGGAUAUAAGAUUCACAUGUUCUUCAUACGACAACUCACAAACAGCAACCACAAGCCAACUAUGAUCUUCUUCCAUGGAAAUGCAGGGAACAUGGGUCAAAGAUUGUCCAAUGUGUCGGGUUUUUAUCACAAAUUAGGAAUAAAUAUUCUUUUGGUAGAGUAUAGAGGUUACGGCCUGUCUGAAGGGACACCUUCAGAGCAAGGGCUGUAUAUUGAUGCUCAGACAGCAUUUGACUAUAUCAUGCAGAGAGAUGACAUUGAUAGAACUAAAAUCAUUAUCUUUGGGAGAUCCCUGGGUGGUGCUGUGGCCAUAGACUUGGCUUCAAGGAUAGAAUAUAAAAACAAAAUAUGGGCUUUGAUAGUUGAGAACACAUUCACUAGUAUACCUGACAUGGCUCGCAUUAUACUUAAAUGGAAAUGUCUCAAGUGGCUGCCAAUGUUCUGUCACAAGAAUAAGUUCAUGUCAGUGCACAAGAUCUCGGAGGUGGUAUGUCCCACACUAGUAGUGUGUGGUGCGGGGGACGCGCUCGUUCCUCCGCGCAUGGCUCGUGAGCUGGUCGCUCGGUGCGGCGCUGCUCGCAAGCGGCUCGCGGCCUUACAGCGCGGCGGACACGACGACACUUGGCUAUGUGGCGACUACUACCCCGCCUUGCAGCGGUUCCUGCAGCGCGUGCCGCCCCUCCCGCCGCACCCGUCCCUCGCGCCCCACUCCCCCCUCACGCCCCACUACGAACUGGACGACGAGGAGGAGGAGGAGGAGGGGGAGGACUCCUCGCUCGAUCUCACCAUGGUCCACACCGUCUAA